GCUGUGGAGCAGAACUGUAAAAAGGACUGAAUGAUUAAUGAACCCCCCUUUUUUUUUUUUUUAAUAGAAAACAACCAUACCAAUCCUUGAUAUUGAUGCUAAUACCCCCUUCCUCUGAAUCAACAGUUGCUCCUUUUAUUAUUUGUCGUGUUUGUCCUUUGGUACAUGGGCCCUUUAAUUUUUUUUUUUUCCUACGUAACUGUAUUGUUCUUGUCAUGUCAGUAAUAAAUAUGGGCAGUUAUUGUUUAUUUGCUUGCAUGUAUGUCUGCUUUAGCUGUGUAGUAAAUAUUUAUAUUUCUUAUAGCAUUAUUAUUUAUUUAUGUAUAUUUUCCUGGAAAGGACUGAAUCCUCCAGAGUUAUUAAUAUAUUAUAUUAUUAUCAGCUUUCUCUCAUCAUGUUACAUGCCUCCAUUUACGAUGAGCAUUCUCCAUGUUGCCUACAAGAUUGCACUGCACCUGAAUGAGUGCUCCAUUGAGAUACUAGGAAGGAUUUAAGCCAGUUCAUUAAGUGUAAUCCCAUUAUAGCAUGUUAGGUUUAAAGCCCGAAACCCUGUUAGUAUUAACCAAAAAUUAAAACAGACGCCCAACCGUCUCAUAGCUGCCGUUCACACUAUUAUCGCCAUUAUGAAUGGCUCUUAUCAAAUGCAUAACUACUCGGAGACAGAAGAUAAGGUCGCCUUUAUAUACCCUCCCCUUCUCGCAUUGGAACCUCGCAAGAUAUUAUUCCAUUCCCGCAACUGGGGACAACAGGUUCUCA